GAGCCAAAAUGACAGCUCUCUCCUCUUGUCUCUGUGGGAAGUCGACACAGCUGGUUGAUUUCUGGACACCUCAAAAUGGAAAGGAAUACAACAUUAUUCAGAUAUUUGCAUGGAAUGUAAUGACUAUAUAUAUAUAUAGUUUCUGAAAUAUUAAUGUUUUUGUUGUAGUAUCCGGUUAAUGUCUUCAUGUAAUUUGAGUUGACAGUGUCUUAGGUAGCUUGUUUGGGUUUUUUUUGUCUAUAAGCAAGCUAACUGUUAGCUAGCUACACGUUAGCUUUUACGAGAAGGCCAGACUUGUCUUUAUUUGCUGUAACCUAAUUCACAUGAACUAGUUAGCUACCCCUUUUACACAGGGAAUAAAUUAGCUAUUACAUACCGUCGUGUUUGCUCUGUUUUUUUGUUUAUUUUCAAACUCUUGAUUCUCUCAAGUGAUCGCAUUUAUUUUUUUUUGGACAAUAAGGACGCAAGUAACGUUUUUAUUUUAUUUACUGUUUACUAGUCUUAGUUUCCUACCUUUUGGCUCUCGGACACUUUGUUGAUCUUUAUUUUAUGUAUUGAAGUAUCGGGUCAAAUUGCUUUUCCCCCACCAUGUUUCUGGAAGGCGGUGUGUUGCUUUGGGCCAGUUUCUACGGUACAAAACUCUAAAAAAAAAACACAAACCAACAAACAAGUGAUUUCAGUCCAUUUGACAACUCACAAUCAGCAUGUUUUUUUUUUGUUCUUCCCCUUCCGACGCGUUAGAUAUUAACAUUUAGCUACAUUAAAAACUCAGCGACCUCCAUUGAACUUGCUCUGUGUCAUUUUGGACAGCUUGUUGAGUUCCCUCUUACAUAUGAUCCGUUUGGUGUCUGGGGACAUCGAGUGAACCCGUCUGUGUCCCUUUUCGUUGCCACCAUGUCUUGUGUACAUUAUAAAUUCUCAUCUAAACUCAACUACGACACGGUCACUUUCGAUGGCCUGAACAUCACUCUGGCCGACCUGAAAAGACAGAUCAUGGGUCGAGAGAGACUCAAAGCUGUCGACUGCGGCCUACAAAUCACCAACGCACAAACUAAAGAAGAAUACAAAGACAACGAGGCCCUGAUAUCCAAGAACUCCUCUGUCAUCAUCAGAAGAAUACCCAUCGGAGGAGUCAAGGCUUCAAGCAAGAUGUAUAACAUUGAGCGUUUUUCAGAACAGAAUCACUUCCCCGUUCAGAACCUCCCCGUCGGAUCCUCCAAAGGAGAUCGUUCUUCAGAACACUGUCACUUUUCCAUUGGAUCCUCCAAAGGAAUUGAUGAUCAUGCUUCAUCAAUAUCACUGGCCCAACUUUCAAAGACGGCUAACCUGGCGGAGGCCAACGCAUCGGAGGACGACAAGAUCAGAGCCAUGAUGUCACAGUCCAAUCACGACUACGACCCCAUACAUUAUGUGAAGAAGUUGACCGGUCCCCCUCCAGCCAACUACACCUGUUAUCGCUGUGGCAAGAACGGACAUCACAUCAGGAACUGUCCUACUAACGGGAAGGAGAAAGGGUUUGAGCCGCCCCAGAGGAUCAAGAAGAGUACCGGCAUCCCCCGUUCCUUCAUGAAGGAAGUGGACGACCCGUCUAUAAAGGGAGCCAUGUUGACCAACACCGGCCACUACGCCAUCCCUACGAUAGACGCUGAGGCCUACGCUUUAGGUAAGAAGGAGAGGCCUCCGUUCGUCCCCAGGGACCAGUCCAGUUCCGAGGAGGACGAGGAUCCAGUCCCUGAUGAGCUCCUCUGUCUGCUCUGUAAAGACCUGAUGACUGACGCUGUGGUCAUUCCCUGCUGUGGCAACUCCUACUGCGACGACUGUAUCCGUACGUCUCUCCUGGAGUCAGAGGAACAUGUGUGUCCCACCUGUAGCCAAUCGAAUGUCUCCCCUGAUGCUCUCAUAGCCAAUAAGUUCCUGCGCCAGGCGGUAAAUAACUUUAAGAAUGAGACCGGUUACACCAAACGCAUGAUGACGAGAGUAGCCCAGCCCCCCGUCGUCCCUACCCCUCCUCUUCAGCCUCAGUCCCGCCCUCAGUGCCCGCUCCAGCCUAUCAGGAGCCAGCAGGACCCUCUUAUGCCCCGCCCUCCAGCCUUAGACACGCCACCAUUGGCUCAGCAGCAGGUUGGCCCGCCCCUCAGAGUCGGGAACCAUAAUAACUCCUCCCACAUGGCUGCUGGCUCCUCCUAUAACUCAACGGGCCCCUCCUCCCAGCACCCAACCAAUCACAACAACACGCUUAUGCUAAAAGAGCCAGAGAGUGGAGGAGUUCAGUCUGUGGUGGUCUCAGCCGACCCCCCUCUAGCCACUGCCCCCAUGACCAAGGAAUACCAUGUUCCAGUGAUGAGCCAACCCCAGUCUGACAGUCACUCCCUGCAGAGGACAGGUCCUCCUCCCAGACUUUCUGAAGGACCAGCCCAUUGGGACAGGUACAGCCCCUCCGGUCGUGGCAGGAACCAUAGCGACCGCGCCCCUCCCUCCCAGCCUCCGCCCACCAACGUGCCACCCCUUCUCUACAACCCUCCCUCCAUUUUCUCCUCCCCUCUUCCCCAUCCCCCAGGUGUCAUACCCCCCCACUACCCCCCUCCCCACUUCCCCCCGGGGCAACAGCCCCCCUCCAGCUACUCCCUGCCCCCUCCUGGAUACCCCCCUACCCCAGGAGUCACCAACCCCCCCUGGGCGCCCCCCAACACCCAGCCCCCCCUCGCCGGGAAGCCAAUCCCCUCCUCUUCCUUCCUGUCCAAGGAUGAGUUCUACAGACAACAGAAGAGGCUGAAGGAUAACUCCGACUGUCGCUACGGUAACCGGGAAAAGUCCAAGCUGGAUGAGUUCACCAACGACUUUGCCAAGGAGCUGCUGGAGUACAGAAAGAUCCAGAAGGAGAGGAGACGCUCUUAUUCCAGGUCUAGGUCGUCCUACAGUAGCUCAUCCUACUCCAAAUCCCGUUCCCGUUCUCGUUCGUACUCCCGUUCCUCCAGUCGUUCCAGAUCCCGUUCCAGAUCCCGUUCCAGAUCCCGUUCCAGGUCUUACUCCCGCUCCUCUCCGUACUCCCGCCGCCACGGACGACCUCGCGGCUACCGCUCCCGUUCCCGUGGCUACCGCCGAUCACGCUCGCCGCCGCCUUUCAGGGACGGUGGAGGGGCGGGACGGGGGAGAGGGCGGGGACGAGGUUACCGGUCGCGCUCUAGAUCACCUGGCCAAGGGGGGUACCGGACCCACACUCCUCCACCCCCAAGCUCCCGGAAGCCUGCCGCUGCUGGAGCGCCACCGGAGGGUGAGAGGAAGUACCCGGGCCGGACCCGGGAGAGGGAUUGGGAGCCGGCAGUGUACGAACGGGGUCCAGAGCACAAAGACCCAUACGAGAGGGAGAGGUACCGGGAGUGGGAGAAGGAGUACAGAGAAUGGUAUGAGAAAUACUUCAAAAACUACAACUCCCACAACCCUCCUCCCAAUAACCCCCCCGCCUACAGGGGCCGACCCCCCCUUGGUUUCGCCCCCGCCCCUGUGGCACCCCCAGCCGGACGAGACAGAGACCCCUACAACCCUCCUCCACCCUCUGACUUCUACCCCUCCCCCCGACACCGCCUGGACCGUGGAUCCUCCCCCUUCAGUCGAGGGAGGAGGCGAGGUGAGGGCUUUCCCCCUCCCCCCUCACACCCCUCCCCCAGGGGCAGGAACCAGCCAAUGACUUACCAGGAGAAGUGUGCUGAGCAGUUUGGAACUCUGCCGCUGUCCCGGUCAGCCAAUCAGGAUCAUCAGACGCCACUGAAGGUCGCAAAGGGUGACAGAGAUCCGUCGUCGAGCGUCGCCUCUCCCGCGGUCCCUGUGACCUCCGACCUGAAAGAGCAGAAGCACAGGAAGAGGAAGAAGAGGAAGACUGAGCAUGGGGGAGGGGAGUCCUUCAGUGCUUCUGACUCUACGGACGACGCUCGGAAAGAAGAGAAGGAGGAGAAGAAGAAGAAGAGAACCGGGAGUACUCCCGUUGGUUCGUCAAGCCAUGACGACUCCACCCCAGUACGGGACGAGCCAAUAGACAGCGACGCCUCAGACUCAGUCCCGGACAAAGCUGAUAGGUGGACCAGGGACAGUAAGGAGGAGGAAGUGAGGAGAAAGAGUGACAGAGUUUAUAAACGCGGACCGGACUCCAGCGUAGCGAGGAAAGACUCAUCGUCCAAGAGCUGGAAGACCGUUAGAGAGACAGACCGGGAUCAGACCGGUACAGCCCGGGAUCAGACCGGUACAGACGGUUUAGCCUACCAGAAGACUUCUCUAACAGAACCGUCAGCCAAACGGGUCAAAGAUGAAUCUAUUCCCUUUCAACCAGACUCUUGCACCUCCCCCCAGAGAGAGAUGGAACUCCAACACCCUGCACCCCUAGCAUCAGCUCCCAAACUACCUCCUCCUAAACCCCACGCAGACCAGCUAGACAUAAUCAGAAUCAACCCAGACCCAUUCAAACCGGUUAGAACCGACCCAGACCAGUUUAAACCUGUCAGAACCGACCCAGACCAGUUUAAACCUGUCAGAACUGACCCAAACCAGUUUAAACCUGUCAGAACCGACCCAGACCAGUUUAAACCGGUUAGAACCGACCCGGAUCAGUUUAAACCGUUCAGAUCCGACCUGGACCAUUCCAGACCAGCCAAGGAGGAGCAGAGAGGGAAGAGAGAUCCAGGGUUUCGGCAGGACAGGGGCUCAGGGAGAGAGGACAAGCCCAGGAGAGAGGCUGACAUCAGGGUGGGUAGAGAACAGGAGAGAGACCCUGGCAAAGCUCCAGACACCAAGUCUGAGAAGAGGAGGAGGAGGAAGGAGGAGGAGGAGAAGAGGAAGACGAGAAAGGAGGAGAGGAGUAUGUCUGAUAAGGAGAUGGAGGUGCCCCGAAUCAAAUCACCCGGAGUGGAGCUCACCGAGACCGUAAAACCCUGCAACCUCAAACGUGACGUCGAGGAGGAGAGGGAGAGGGCUUCCGUAAGGCCUCCGAUGGAGAGCGGGACGAAAGGAGGAGAACCUCAGAGGAAGAUUAAGACCAACAGAGAAGAAGGGAGGAGGGCCGGCAAGCUUGCGGGCGUGGCCGGAACAGAGGCAGCCAAUCAGAGCAGCUAUAUAAAGGGAAGCGUGGAGAGGAGCAAAGCCAAGAGGAACCGUAAGGUCCUAGUGUCCGAUGGUCCGGGAACCACCGUGGACUACACCAGUCCCCCAGGGGGCAGUAGUCCUGUGUGUGGCGAUGGAUCAGAGGGCAGAGCAGAGCAGAGGAAGACUGUCGUUAAAACACUGGAGGAAUACACCAAUGACAGCUCGGCACCUGCUGACGGACACAUAGUACUCAUACAGGUCCCUCGCUCCAAGUGGGAGAAGGAGGACUACGAAUCAGAGGAAGAGGAAGGAGGAGGGGUCAGGGUUCAACUCCGCCCCUUGCUCACCCCCUCCCUCCCUUUCCCCCCUGGACCCCACAUCACCGUGACGACGGAGACGGAGGCAGGGCGAAGGAAAGAGAGGGACUGUACCUUUCCCAAGCCAGAGAGAACUAUGUCCCCCUCUAGUGGCAGAGACAGAGAAGACGGCCUGCAGGGUGGAAAACACUCCGGAGACCCCAUCCCUUCUGAGAAAGACGGAGAGACGGAGAGAAAGAGAGAUCAGUUAAAGGAAAAGGAGCAGGAGAGGGAAAGAGAUAACGAACGGGACAGAGAGCGGGCGAAAGAGAGAGAAAGAGAGAGGGAACACAGCCGUGCUUCUGACAAAGAUAUGGACAGACCGAGAAAGAUUCCCUCUUCCUCUCAGCGGCCGGAGAGGAGAGAGAGAGGAGGAGAGAGGACUGGGGAGAGAGGGAUCGACCACGUCAGUGAGAAGAGCUCCUCUCAGCGGCCGGAGAGGAGAGAGAGAGAAGGAGAGAGGACUGGGGAAAGAGGGAUCGACCACGUCAGUGAGAAGAGCUCCUCUCAGCGGCCGGAGCGAGAGAGAAGAGAGAGAGGAGGAGAGAGGACUGUGGAGAGAGGGAGCGACCAUAUCAGUGAGAAGAGCUCCUCUCAGCGGCCGGAGCGAGAGAGAAGAGAGAGAGGAGGAGAGAGGACUGGGGAGAGAGGGAGCGACCACAGCAGCGAAAAGAGCUCCUCUUCCUCCUCACACUCUUACUCACGAGAUCGUAAACCUUUUUCUUCUUCCAGGGACCACAAAGCGACCUCUGACCCCAGAGCCAGGGAGCACAGAGACCACAAACAUAAAGACCACAACGACCAGAACUCCUCCACCGUUGACCGUAACACCAACUCUACUGACCGUAGACCACUAGACGACCAGGAGACCACCAGAGAACACAGAGACCGCCUCGAACCCAAACACAAAGACCACAGAGAGCUAGGCAGUGCCUCUCCCGUCUCCAAGAGAGCCCCACCUCCAUCGGACCCCUCCUCCUCCAGCACCCAGAGAUCUCAGGGAAGCUCUGAGCCCACCGGACCUAGCGAAAGCAGCCCUGGCAGGGACACGACGCAGGACAGAUACCCCUCUCCUCAGGUCUCCAUCACCGUGGAGAACCAGCCCGGGAGGGGGAAGGCUGAGGGAGAAGAGCCCAGAGUGGAGCGCUCCUCAGCGGGGAGACAGAGCCAACAGGCCAGCCUAGGAAACCUAGAGAAGGAGAUGAGUGGUGGAAAGCCCCACCAACACCCAGCCUCACUCCUACAGCCCCCCAGGACUGACAACAGGGCAGGGGUGCCCCGAGCUGUCAGAGAGAGAGAGAGAAAGAAAGAGAGAGAGAGGCAGAUGCAAAAGAUGAGGGAGAAGAUGGAGAAGGAGAGAGAUGAGGAGGGAGAUAAAGAGGUCGAUAGGGAGAAGGAGAGAGAGAGAGGAGGGGUCGAUAGGGAGGAGAGAGAGAGAGGUGUCGAUAGGGAGAAGGAGAGAGAGAGAGGGGUCGAUAGGGAGAAGGAGAGAGAGAGGGGGGUGAGUAGGGAGAAGGAGAGAGGGAGGGAGAACCCUAAAGUCAGACCCCCUCCCUCGGCCCCUUCUUCCAGACCUCCUCCCUCGGUCCCUUCUUCCAGAUCUCCUCCCUCGGUCCCUUCUUCCAGAUCUCCUCCCUCGGUCCCUUCUUCCAGACCUCCUCCCUCGGUCCCUUCUUCCAGAACUCCUCCCCCGGUCCCUUCUUCCAGAACUCCUCCCUCGGUUCCUUCUUCCAGACCUCCUCCUGACCUGGUCAGAGAGACUGAUGAGGCCUUCGAACCUGACUACAGCGAGGGAGAGAUCUCAGAGGGGGAGGAGGAAGGAGAGAGAGCGGUGGAGGGGGAGAGAGCGGUGGAGGGAGAGAGAGCGGUGGAGGGAGAGAGAGCGGUGGAGGGAGAGAGAGCGGUGGAGGGAGAGAGAGUGGAGGGAGAGAGAGCGGUGGAGGGAGAGAGCGGCAGAAGUCGUAGCAGCAGCGCCAGCUCUGUCGGUAGCCUGGGCAACAAGAAAGACAAGAAGAAAAAAGAUAGAAAAGAGAAGAAGAAACAGAAGAAGAAGAAGAAGAAGAAGGAUAGAAAGCAGAGGAGACAGGGGAGCCUGGACGCUGAGGAGGGAGAGAUCACGGGACUGAAACACAAACACAAGAAGAAGAACAAGGAGAAAGAGGACAAUGAGAGAGAAGAAGAAGAGGUGGAGGAGGAGAGAAGAGGAGAAGACCAAAUGGCUAGCGUAGCCUUAUGAGACGUUUUCGUUGUGAAGCGUUUUCGACACGUUUCAGCCCAAGGCUCGUGGCCCCUAAACCUUAUUCCCUAACUAGUGCACGACUGAAGGACAAGCCUAGUGUACUAAGAAGGGAAUUCGGGUGCCAUUUUUUUGCAGGAAAGAGACUUGGUUUUUCUUCCCUCCUGUCAGUGAACUGUAAGGUCCUCAAGAGAGGCAUCACACAGCCUGUAUUCCAAACACCUAUUCCCUAUGUAGGGGCCCUACGUAGGGAACGUGGGUGUUGUUUGUGCCGGGACACCCCGUAGUGUAGAUAGUAAAGAGGACUUGAACCGCUCUGCUCUGCUGUUCACUCCAGUUCAACUCUUUAUCUAAGGGGGAUGUUUUGUUUAGUUUUUUUUGCUGAGGAUUUGAAAUAAUUUAAAGAAUUUAAAGGCUGAUGUAUAAAAUAAAUAUAUAUUUUGUUUUUUUUAGACUCUGCUAAAACAGAGGCUGUUUGCUUGGACCAGUCGGUUUACUUGAAUGAUGCUUCAAACUAUUUUUUUUGUGUGUUUAAAAAAAAUAAAAGGAUGUAAUUGCUAAA